AUGGCUCUGGAGCUGCAGUACAAGUUCACCUUCAUUGAUGUGGAUGAGCACGAUCCAUCGGAGGGGCAGCGGCACGCACGUUGCCAAAGCUCCCCUCCAAGUGUUGGCCGCCGUUCUGCAACGGACAUGGGCAUGGAAGUGCACGACGAGGAGAAUGCCAUGCGUGGAUACGUGGACAUGCUGAAGCAGAAGCAAGGAGAAACGAACUUCGCUCGUGCGCUCAGCCAGAAGGCGCACGGCCCUUUUGGCAUUGACCUCGAUGCGAGCCCGGCAUCCACGGCCCCAGGAAGUGCAGGUGCCUGGAGCCCCGGGCAGUCCACCGAUGCAGAUGACAGCCCUGUCAGCUUCAUGGAAGGAAGCCCAUGCAGCGGUUCGCCUGAUGGGCGUGUGGCUGCACUGGAGCUGCUUCCAAGCCAUGGCAGCCUGGGGCACCCCGAGGUCUGCCGCCGCCCGUGCAUCUACUUCUCGGCUGGGCAUUGCGAAAACGGGAACGCCUGUGCCUAUUGCCACCUCCCCCACAUGGAGAAGCCUCCGAAGCUUGACAAGAGGCAGCGAACCAUCAUCCAGGGGCUCAGCCGCCAAGAGCUGAUGGCGCUGGUCCUCGAAUUCUGCCGCACGAAAGCUGAACAGGUGGGUUUUGUGGAGGAGGUCUCUGAGGUACUGGAGUUGCUGGAGGCGGAGUCCUGCAGCACACGGGCAUUUGCAGCAACCAUGUCGGACCGGGAUAUCCGGAACCUGAACAAGACCAUGUCGCGCAUGAACUUCUCCAACUUGAUCGGAUUGGUGACGCACCAGACGCCGAGCCGACCCUUCAAUGCCUCCGAGAGCUCCGAACGCCUGACUGUGGCGCUGGAGAGGCUCCGGAUGUGCUUCCUCCCGGAGCCCAUGAACGAGCAAGUCGCGAGGUGA